AUGGAUUCUGCAAGUAAUAUUCUCUACCUUGUCUUAACCCAAUAUCAUAGAUAUAAUAAUUUGCAGCUAAACUGUUUGAUUAUAUUCCUUUUCAUAUUCUCUUUUUGUUCUUGUUCUACUGAUACCAUUUCUAUUCACAAACCACUAAGAGAUGAUGAUCAGCUUCUUCUUUCUAAAUCUAAAACUUUUGCUCUUGGAUUUUUCAAUCCCGGAAAGUCCACCUCUCGCUAUGUUGGAAUUUGGUACUACAAUUUGCCAAACAAAACUGUUGUUUGGGUUGCAAACAGAGAUACUCCAAUCAAUGAUACUUCUGGAAUUUUAUCAAUCGACCCGAGUGGAAAUCUAGUACUCCACCACAACCUCAGCACCGUUCCCAUUUGGUCUACCAAUGUUUUAUUACCACAAUCACUAACAAAUAACACCAGUAUUGUUAUAGCUCAACUAUCAGACUUAGCAAACCUUGUUCUGAUGCUAGACAACAGCACCAUCUGGGAAAGCUUUGAUCAUCCAACAGACACCUGGCUUCCAUAUCAAAGACUUGGUUUUGAUAGAAAGAAUAAUCAAAGUUUGUUUCUCCAAUCCUGGAAGACAGAUGAUGACCCUGGAAAAGGUGCAUUCAUAGUAAAUUUCAGCAUCAUUGGUAAACCUCAGUUGUUUAUGUACAAUCGUGACAUUUCUUGGUGGCGUGGUGGACAUUGGAACGGAGAAUUAUUUGUAGGUCAACCUUAUAUGAAACGAGAUAUGCCCUUUUAUAACAUUUCUUUGGAUGAAGAUGACAGCCAUGUAGCACUCACAUAUAACAUAUAUGAUACGUCUGUCAUUCUUAGGAUAGUGCUUCAGCAAUCUGGGUUCUUUCAAGCAUUCAAGUGGGACAGUCAUGAGAGUCAAUGGAACCAGUACUGGUCUGAACCAACAGACCAUUGUGAUAACUAUGGAACAUGUGGAUCAAACAGUAAUUGUGAUCCUUUGAACUUGGAGAACUUUAAGUGUACAUGUUUACCUGGUUUUGAACCCAGAUAUCCACGUGAUUGGGAUGAAAGUAGAGAUGGGUCAGGAGGGUGUGUGAGGAAGAAAGGUGUAUCUAUUUGUGGGAAUGGGGAAGGGUUUGCCAAAAUUGUAAGCUUGAAAGUUCCUGAUACAUCUGUGGCAGUUGCUAAAGGUGGUUUGAAUUUGGAAGAAUGUGAGAAAGAAUGCUUCAGAAACUGCUCUUGUACUGCCUAUGCCGUUGCUGAUGUGACAAAUGGUGGAAGUGGUUGUUUGGCAUGGUAUGGGGAUUUAAUGGACAUUCAAAAACUUAGUGAUCAAGGCCAGGAUUUGUUUUUACGCGUCGAUAAAGUUGAACUAGCCAAUUACUACAAAAAAAGCAAAGGAGCCCUUGAUAAAAAGAAAAUGGCUACAAUUCUUGUAGCUUCUAUUGUUGCAACUGUUCUCCUCCUCUCCUGUGUGUAUAUGUAUUGCUGGCGGAAGAAAAAAAGAAAGGGUAAAAUGAUGCGGCAAUUAAGCCAAAAUUCCUAUGGAGAAGAAAAUGGUGCUCAAAUAAACACACAUCCAAAUCUACCAUUUUUUGAUUUUAAAACGAUAAUGACAGCUACAAGAAAUUGUGGUCAGGAAAAUAAGCUGGGACAAGGUGGGUUUGGCUCUGUCUAUAAGGGUUGCUUGGUUAAUGGACAAGAGAUAGCAGUGAAAAGAUUAUCCAAAGAUUCAGGUCAAGGCAAAGAAGAGUUUAAAAAUGAAGUUACACUUUUAGUUAAACUCCAACACAGAAAUCUAGUGAGAUUGCUCGGUUGUUGCUUUGAAAAAGAAGAAAGGAUGCUAGUUUAUGAAUACCUACCAAACAAAAGCCUAGACUUCUUUAUAUUCGAUCAUAGCCAAAGAUCAUCAUUGGGUUGGAAUAAGCGUUUUGAAAUUAUUUGUGGGAUUGCUCGAGGUGUUUUAUAUCUUCAUCAAGAUUCAAGGCUGAAAAUAAUUCAUAGAGAUCUAAAAGCCAGCAAUGUUCUCCUUGAUGCUGCAAUGAAUCCCAAAAUCUCAGAUUUUGGUAUGGCUAGAAUAUUUGGAGAAGAUGAAAUCCAAGCAAGGACAAAAAGAGUGGUCGGAACAUAUGGAUAUAUGGCCCCAGAAUAUGCAAUGGAAGGACGAUAUUCAACAAAAUCUGAUGUCUUCAGUUAUGGGGUCUUACUACUAGAAAUUAUUGCUGGACAAAGAAACACACACUUUGAAACUGGAAGAGCAUCCCCUAAUUUAAUUGGACAUGUGUGGACACUAUGGACAGAGGAUAGAGCCUUGGAUAUAGUUGAUCCAGCACUAAACAAGUCUUAUCCUCUGGCUAUAGUUCUGAAGUGCCUUAAAAUUGGACUCUUGUGUGUGCAAGAAAAAGCCAUGAAUAGACCAUCGAUGUUAGACGUUGUUUUCAUGCUAUGCAAUGAAACACCUCUUGGUCAACCUCAAAAACCAGCAUUCUUAUUCAAUGGCAGCCAAGAAUUACAAGAAUUAUCAAUGAAUGAAUUAACAGAAACUACCGUCAGUGCUCGCUAA